AUGUUUAGUAAGACAGAUAUAUCUUAACAUUUAAAUGAUGUAUUCAUUAUUAUAAAUGAAUUAGUUAGACCAGACCAUAAAUUCGACUAAUUAGAUAUGCCAUCCAUUAAAGUAGUAACUAAGAGUAAAGUAAGGAGAGAUAAACAUGGGAUAUAUCUAUAAAAUAUGUUCUCUUCAAUGUCUUAUCAGGGCAAAAUUUAGAUAUGAAUAUCUGAAGAUCCUUUAACCGAACUUUGGAUAGAUCAACAAAAUCAAGGAACUUAAUGAGUCGAAGAGAGACUGA